AAAUCUUUGCAGGGUAAAGAUGGUGACGUAAUAGAUUGUGUAGAUAUCUAUCAACAACCUGCUUUCGAUCAUCCAUUACUCAAGAAUCAUACCAUACAGAUGGAAUCCAGUUCAAUUCCAAAUAUAAUAAAUGGAGAAUUAUACAAUACCGAGCUUUCUCAAAGUUGGCAUGAGAAUGGAGAAUGCCCUGAAGGAACAAUCCCAAUUAGACGUUCACGAAAUGAUGAACAUUAUGCACCCCAUAAUACUACACCAUCAGUUACAGCUGAUCCAAAUGAUGACGCUAGUAGUAAAGAGAGCGCUGUUGUUUAUAUGAAUGAUGGCCACUACUAUGGAGUACAUGCAGCACUUAACGUAUGGGCCCCUGCGCUAAAUGACGCGGACUAUAGCGUUUCUCAAUUAUGGAUUUUUUCAGGUACUUCGGCCGAACAAAACGUCAUUGAAGCUGGAUGGAAGGUAAAUUAUGCUUCCAAGGAACCCCAGCUUACCAUAUACUGGACUAGUGAUGGCUACAGCAGCACUGGGUGCAGCAAUCUCAACUGUCCUGGCUUCGUGCAAACUAGCCGUAAAUUUGCACUCGGUGCUUCCAUAAGGCCCGUUUCAAGCUACAUGGGAAACCAAUUUUACAUAGAGAUAACUGUAUACAAGAAUUUCACAAAUUGGAAUCUACGAGUGCAAAAUGAGGAACUUGGAUAUUGGCCUGGAACCCUCUUCACAAAUUUAGCAGUCAGUGCUGAAAAAGUGGCCUUGGGUGGAGAGGUUUCCAGCUCAAUGCCGAAAGACGGUCAUCACACAUCGGCUCAAAUGGGGAGCGGACAUUUUCCGAGUGAAGGCAUUGGAAAAGCAAGUUUUAUUCGCAAUCUUCAAUACAUGGAUGGGGAUGGCAAAUUCAAUGAUGCUAUAGAGGGAUUGACAACACAUGCAACAAAACCUUCGUGCUACGAUGUAAUUUUGGAGAACAAUAAGAAUGGAGUCUAUGGAACCCAUUUAUACUUUGGGGGUCCGGGAUAUUCAGCAACAUGUCCUUAA